AGCAAGAAGUGCGUAAGUCAUUAUCCGUCACCAGACACUCAUCAGAGGUGUCCGUUCAGUAGCAUCCGUAGAUGCAGUUUGUGGCCAGUUAGACAAGCAGCUGGUGCUAAAGUGAGUUCAUAAAUUUUGUGCAAAAUUCACGGGACUGUGAAUCGAGGAAGUCAAGAGGGAAGGGCGCCAGGAUAGCGGUUUGCUAUCAAAACAUUUACAUGGGUGGAGAAAGGAUUCUAUCUUCAGAAUGCGUGAAAUAAAAGUCUACAUUCUGCUUUUCUGGUUAAGCUUUACAGCGGUACGCAGUCAGCAGGAUGUCAGCCCCCCAAGGAUCUUAAAUGGGGAACAACUUCUUGUGAAUGGAGGACCUGUAACACUGACUUGCGAGGGACACGGACUUCUCAUCUGGACAUACAAGUACCAGGAUUGCCAUUAUGACAUGGGAAAGCAGACCCAGAUGUCGAAGACAGAUGGCUCCUAUCGAUCUCAACUGACGCUAAAUGACCAUAACAGACAGGGUCAUUACCACUGCCAUUACAACAACACUAGCCUGAGUGACCCUGGGGCAUCAGUCAGCACCUAUGUCUACAUUUUUUCUGAUAAAGAACGCUUUGCCCAAAUGGAUCCAGAUUUGUGUCAAGACUCCAGAAUCACAGGGAAUGUCGGUGGCCAAGUGGUACUAGACUGUAGACCCACCCAGCCCAAUCUUACAGUUGUUGUUGAACAUGGUGAAGAGGAGAUCCACCGGGGUCCUUUGGAGGAUCCGAGGGCGGGCUAUGAGCUCCGAAACCUGACAGAGGACAGUUCGGGAAAGUAUCGGUGCUCUGUUCAUAACUUCAGUAAGGUUUUUGAAGUGGAAGUGCAAGGAACUCUAAAGCCGCCAAAGUUGGGCAUCAUCAAGAAUACUUUUCCAGUGGUGGGGUACAGCAUGCAUCUUUUCUGUCAAAUUCCGAAUAACAAAUUCCAGUCGGAACCCGCUUUCAAAUGGAUUCGGUUCAACAAAGAUAACAGGACGUUUCAGACACUACCUGAACAUUAUCGUGUUCAGUCUGACAUGUAUUAUACCAGUUACCGUCUCGUCCUAAACGUCGCACUAGAGGACAGCGGAACAUACGAAUGCACCGUCAGAACUGAAGGACAACCUCCCUUGCAGACGGCAAUGUAUAUAAGUAUAAAAGAGAGUGGAGAUCCCUUCCUAAAGGUCAGCCCUGUCACACAAAACAUUACUCUCAGAGUAUGGGACCAACUGGUUUGGAAGCUCGAGGUUGAAAGUUUUCCUCCAUUCCCCAUAAUUGAGACAAGCAGCAAGUUCGACGUCACGCAGGACGAGGACGGCACAACCGAACUUAAGAAAUACCCUCUGACACCUUCUGACUUCGGCGAGCACACGGUGAACUUAUCAACAAGGAGCCACUCACUCGGCGUCAAAACCGCUCAAGUUCACUUGUACCUGAAAGUCAAAAGCAAAACGAAACUCAAUAUAACGAGAAUAAACGCCAUAGAGAGGCCAAACUCCACAGUAACUAUAGGUUGCACUGCUAUCGGGUAUCCUAUGGAGAGCAUUACUUGGCAUCAUCAGUCCUGCCCAAACGGUGAACCAUGCCUCCAACCAUUCAGUGACCUAAAGUGUUCUCAGAUUACGUAUGCAGUACACAAGGAGAACCACCAUUCAUCCGAAUGCUCGUUUGUGGCUACAGAAUCUGCCAGGAUCCGAUGUCGGUCUGGAGAGAAAACGAAAUCUGCGGAUAUUAUGGUUUCAGAGUUCGCAGAGCCCUUGUCCUUCAUGUACAACGGCAACUGUACAAUGGUGUACCAAUCAACAACUUCCUACUGCACCGUUAAGGAGACAGACAGUUUCACUUUGACUUGCGCAGCCUCCAAGUUUCGCUUUGAUUCCGUCGAGCUUCGGUUCUCGCCCACAGACAAGGGAGUGUUUGAUGAAGAUUUUAAAGAAAUUGGUACAUUUGAUUCAUCUCAUCAUAACCAUAUUAGUACCUUUGACGUUGCAACCGCCAGCAGAAGACAUCAGGGGAGAUACGAUUGCAUUGGAGAUGUGGACAUAUCUUCAAGGGGAAUUAUACCCUCUGACAACAGAGUUAAUGAGAGAACGAGAACCAUUUAUCUCGAUGUUCUCAAGGAAAGAAGAAACAUGCUGCCAAAAGACUACAGGAAAGUUGAGAUGGUUGGAGAUGCUUUCACUUUCGAUUGUUCUUACUUUGGCCCACCUCCCGAAGACAUCAUCUGGACAAAAGAUGGUCAGCCUCUUCCCGGUAAUUUCGGUGAAUUCAGAGAGAACAACCAGACCAUGACGAUCCCCCACCUAGAUCCCACAAUCCACACGGGACAUUAUGUAUGCGAGAGGGGGGGAAAACUGAAAAAAACAAAGGAAGUUGGGUGA